CUGGCGUCGUCGGUUCGAAAAAAUCGCCAGUCCGUCGUCCAUUCAGCAGCAACUUCAUUAUUCUUCCAUCCAUUCGGCCGCAGUAAUGUAAAAGUUUUACCAGCGGACGUCGGUAGCAGUUUUUUCGGUAUCUGAUUGUUCGUGUGUGUUUGCCUUGAGGGAACCUACAAGGCCAGUUCGAGUGCUUCUGAGAUUUUCGGGAAUCGGAUAAUCCCUCCGGUUUUGUUGCUGCCUCCGGACAGUUUUUCCCCCUUGCGUGAAACAAGAACAAAGCCCAAAGCUGAACGGGUGCAAGCUUGCUGCUACUCCUCCCAUCGGAAUCGAAAAGUGUGUGUUUUCCUGUUUCGCAAAAGUGCAAAACGUUCCGCGAAGAAAAGUAAAUCCGGGAGGAAGUAUAUGUGAUUUUUAAUCAACUGAAGCUGAUGGACGUGUAGUGUAACCCAAAAUUCGGAAAAUCGGUAUUCGAAAUCCAGCGAAACGAUAGAAGGUGAAUAAUCCAAGGGAUUUACCUCCAGCUUUGUGGAAGCACCUGCAAAAAUAUCACCCACUCCACAUUACACCCGAUUUCCUAAAAGACUCGUCAGAGCCAAAAAGAUGAAAUUGGUAUAAAGCUGAUGGGGAGCAUACGAACGAAGAAAAACCGGCUCUGAGUACGCUGAUCUUGCAGUAGUUGUGCUGUGCUGAUAGCAGAUUGCUGCAAUAGUUUUUACAUCAACAAGCUCCGGUGUCUUGGAAGAAACCAACAUUUGAAAUAGUUGCGUUCUACAGAUCGAACGUAGUUCGAACAUCGCUUGUGGAGGAAAAUUCUGCGGCUUCCCUGUGGCUAGGACAAACAUAGGAGCAAAGCAGCUUCAAGUGGCUUCUUCCUUGGACCCCCGAGAAAGCUUACUCCGUUCCAGCUUGAAAGAGGGGCAACGGAAUCGAAAACCACAUCGAGAGAGCUCCAUUUUCGAUGGUCGGGCCGACAACAGGAUGUGAAUCCUACUACUAGCAUCAUCCCACGGACAGCACAGACGACGGUAUUAUUUUUAGGAAGUAAAGUUGUGGGUGUCUCGAAGGGCGAACCCUUAUCGACGGCCAUACCAAUAAAGUGCCAAAUUGUAUCGCUUAAGGUCACAACACUCAACACACCAACUACGAUUUUAGAACAGCGGCUGUUUUUGGGUUUUAGAGUUUUGAAAGCGGUUAGUGUGAAAAGUUCUAGUCAAAAUAAUUGUUAGGAUCCCAACUGUUUAGGCAAAAUCAAUUUCAAAUUGAAUAACAAAAGAGAUUUUUUCAUAAGAAGCGAUAAACUUUAUAUUAGUCACUGAUAGAAGGAAGUGUGCGGCAAGUUUUAGCAUAGAUUAGUGCGGAUUUUUUCGAAGAUACGAUAAGGCGGUGGUGAUAAGAGGGUGAGAAAUAUCGAAGAUAAGCCUAAACGUUUUUUUGUGUGAGUCAGUGAUUAGAUUGCGAUAGUUGAGCGUUUGCUUACCACCUCUAGGAAACAUGCUACAGUAUUGUUCGGUCUAGGGCACAACACGAGAUUUAAGUUCUAAGUUGGGAUGGGAAACAGUAAUUCGUGCUGUUCGUACUCGAGUUCACCGCCGCCGCGGAAGGCCAAGGAAGUUCCGGUCUUCGAGGAACAUCUUCCGGAGGGUGAGCUCUCGACCAAUAACCUACAGCACAUUUCGGAACGCGAGGGAGACGAUGGGGAGCACGAUCCCUCGGUGGAUCCUUCCGCCGGCACAAUAUUCCUGGAGCGCUCCAAGCGUCUGGAGAAUGGGAUGACCCGGAAAAAAUCUCAACACACCAUAGCACCGGCAGGUGGUGCAGUGCUAAAGAAAAGUAGUUCCUGUUCGACCAUCUAUCUGGAUGAUUCGACAGUAUCGCAACCGAACCUCAAGAACACCGUCAAGUGUGUCUCGCUAGCAAUCUAUUAUCACAUCAAAAGCCGUACCAAUGAACGACGGAUAGACAUUUUCGACGAGAAGUUACAUCCGUUGACCCGGGAUCUGGUUCCGGAUGAUUACGAUCAGCACAACCCAGAACAUCGGCAGAUCUAUAAGUUUGUCCGAACACUAUUCAACGCAGCCCAGCUGACAGCCGAAUGUGCCAUCAUUACCUUGAUAUAUCUAGAACGGUUACUAACAUAUGCCGAGCUUGACAUAGGCCCCUGCAACUGGAAGCGGAUAGUGCUGGGUGCCAUCCUGCUAGCAUCCAAAGUGUGGGACGACCAGGCCGUCUGGAACGUCGAUUACUGUCACAUCCUCAAGGAUAUCACAGUGGAAGAUAUGAACGAGCUCGAAAGGCAAUUUCUCGAACUGCUGCAAUUCAACAUUAACGUCCCGUCGUCGGUGUACGCCAAAUAUUACUUCGACCUGAGGACGCUGGCCGAGGCCAACGAUCUGUCCUUCCCGACGGAACCGCUGUCCAAAGAACGGGCCCAGAAGCUGGAGGCCAUGUCCCGGGUGAUGCAGGAUAAGGCCACGGCCGAGGCGCUCAAGAACGGUAUGAAGAAGUGGUCCUCGAUCGACAACAUACCCCAGGCCAAUGUGCGACGUAGCGUGGCCAUCCUGUCGUGAUUUGUCCCAACCAUGAUUAUAGAUCUGAUAGUUCAGGUAUUUUGGCCAAAUAAACCAAUCCAUACGGCAUGGAUUAAACUUGUGUACAGUCAACAGAACAGAAGGUACUGCGUAGCGAGGACAAAUUUUAUGUGUAUUUUAUACGUAUUUAUAUGAAGAAAAUUUUCGAAACAGAGAAAGAUGAUAAAAAAUCGUAGCUAAGCAUGUGAAGAUUUAUUUUUACGCGAAACUCCCUUAAUAAACAAAAACAAAAGACAUGAAUGUGAACGAUACCCCAGUGCUAACGUUGCAAAUUUUGGUGGAUUUUGGAGAUGUAGAUCAGAAAAAAUGUGUAGUUUGAGUGCUUUCUUUUCGAGCUUGUUUUGAAAAUCAGGACCUUUGUUAGCUUCUUUUUUUUUUAAUUAUUCGCCCAAUUCAAAAAUGUUUAAUGGCUUUAAAAUUUGAAAACUGUGAAAUAAUUCAAAUUCUGAAUUCUAGAACUGAGUUUCAUAAAGUUCUUAAUUUAGAUUCAGAACUCAGAUUUCGACUCAGACUUCAGAUUUCGAAAAAAAACCAAAUUUACUAUUCAGAUUUACAAUUUAAAACUAACAACAAACAAUCAAUCCGGAAUCCUGAAUUUAAAUAGGGAAUUCAGGUUCAUAAUUUUGAUUUAGAAUUGAGAUUCUAAAUCUAGAUUGAAAAUUUUGAGCGGCUUCACCGGUGAGUAUUCAAGAUUUGAGGUUCAGAGUUCAGAUACAGAAUUCAGAUUCAUUAAUUUCAUUUAGAAUUUAGAAUUCAUAAUUCAGAUUCAGAAUUCUGAUUCAGCAUUCAGAUUGAAAAUUCAGUUUCAGAAUUCAGAUUCAAAAUUCAGGAUACAGAUUCAGAAUUCAGGUUUCAAAUUCAGAUUUCAAAUUCAGAAUUCGGAAUACAAAAUUUAUAUUCAGAAUUCAGUUUCCGAAUUAAGAUUCAGAAUUCAGAAUUAUGUUUUCCGAUUGCUGAUUUCUUUUUCCGGAUUUCUAAUUCUAGUUCUGAUUUAUAAUUCCGAUUUUUAUUUCAAUUCUGAGUCUGAUUUCUGAUUUUUGUUUUUUAACAUCUGAUUUAGAUUUUUGAUUCCGCAUUUUGAUCUGAUUUCUGUUUUUUCAUUUCUGAUUUCUGAUUUCUGGAUUUAUUCUUCAGGAAUAAGAUUUUUAAUGAUGUUUCUGAAUUAUAGUUCUAAUUCUAAUUAAUAUCGAUUUUUGUUUAAAUUAAAAUCUGCGGAAUCUUUACUCACAACAAAACUCACAAUCAGAAUUCAGAAACAGGAUAUCAAAGUCAGAAUAUUUAUUCCGUAUCAGAUUUCCGAAUUCUGUUUAAAAAAUCCUUUUUUAUAUUCAUUUGUGUUAUAACAAUUUUUAUUAUUAUUUGCUAGUAUUGAUUUUUUUUUAUUGAAAUGGGCCUUAUCUACACAUAAAUUUCCCAGGUCUACAUUUCUAUCCCCAAUUGUCAAUUUCAUUGUGAAAACAAACAAUGUUCAUCAGUAAACAAAACAAAAUAUUUGCAGUGCUGUUAAAGGUUUCCAUAUUUUAAAAAAAUAUUGCUCUAAAAUUUGAUAAAACCAAAAACGAGGACUCUUUAGUACCCCAAAUUCGACUUCCAUUAGUUUGAAAUAGGUAAAGAUAGUAAACCCCAUUUUCGAUUAGGAUCGUAUAUUUUGUUCUUAUAGCAUCAAAAUCAAGCCGGUGGUCUCUGUUAUAAUCAGUAUUCGCUUUUUUGGCACCCAUUCAUAUUGAAAAUCAAAACUCGCAUACAAAACAAAUAAACAAACAAAAAAGUAAACUUGUAGAUAAAAUUCAAACUAGAAACACUGCACAGUUGCAUCUCAACCAAGCUCUAGAAAACGAAUACAAAACUGCACCUUUUUUAACAAGCAAAAACGAAAACUAACCGAAAGUAAUUAUAAUGCCGUCAAAGAACACGUGUACUAGCUAUAGCCUACAGGAAAUUUUAUUUCUAAUGCAUAUUUUGUCAGAAUUCACCCCUUAGGGUCCAUCGAAAUGGAACCACACACAGCUAACAAAUGAAUAGAAAAAAGCAUCCAGCAACACGCGAUCAAUGAAAUUUUAUACUAUAGAAUAUUAUUACAAAACAGAAAUGCUGAAAAAGUCUGCUUCUCAUACAACAACAGUUUCCUUACUCGAGCGACCGAAUCGAUUUGAUUGUUGAAUAGAAAACAGCAAAUAUUUCCAAUGGUUAGUAGAAGUGUAGAAGUGAAAGUUGAUUGAAAAAUAAAACAAACAAACAAACAAACAAAAUGGCGAUAAUCCUAUAAAAUCAAAUCCGAGAUAGAUGAGAUACGGGGAAGAAGCAUUAAGCAAACAAACAAUAGAAGCAUAAAAUCUAAUCAAUAGCAUAGUAGGAAAAACCCGUGUAGUGAUAUAAGCGAGCAUAACAGUCAUGAAAUUUUCAUCAUUUCGUAUCCUUAGUCAAAUUCAAAAGGAAUCUAAAAACAAAAAAUUAAAAACUAAAACCCAUUGCAAGCAAUUGGAUGGAAGAAAUUUAGGUGAUCUAUUGGUAAAGGUUGAUGGAAACGGUUAGCAUGAUAGGAUGAGUCUUAGGAAAGGAAGUUUAACUAAAAAAAAACAACUAUCAGUACAGAAUCAAACAAUUUAAACGAAGAAUAAAUACAAAAGAUAAAAGAAAACAAAGAUGAAAACUUUAUGUAGGUUUACGACGCAACACAACUGAAGGCACUUUAAAAUGAAACGAAUGAUGAACAUGAAGGAGAAGCAAACAAAAAGAAACAGGACAUUUGACUAUUCAAUAUAUUGAGAUCAGAGAAGAAUAUCGUACCAAUUUAUUUGUAUCCUAUAAGCUAUUGCGCGAAAUGAAGAUAUGAAUGAGAAACGGAAGUAAUAAAGAAUUACAGUAA